CUUAAGCUUCCAUAACACGCAAAGGCCUAAAGCCCUAAACCAAACAUCAUAGAGCCGAGGCUACAGAGGUCAGAGUUUAAUGGCUCAACGUCGGCGAAUCAAAACCUUACCGAAUUCAAGUAGCGAUCUAAUAAGUCAUCUGCCGGUAGAGAUAAAGGACAGAAUUUUGGAGCGUUUGCCCAUCCGAGAAGCUGCCAGAACUGCUCUGCUCUCAACCCACUGGAAUGAUGCUUGGUUGCAGCAUGGGCGGCUUGCGUUUGAUUCGAAAUUCUUCUGGCGUUUCGGAGAAUCCAAAGGUCGUAGUCUCGUACCUUACGUCAAAAUAAUAACAUACAUUCUCUUGCAGCGUGUUCGACCCGUGAAGAAAUUUAGUCUAUUCAUCUCUUACCUCAAAUUAUUUGAUCCUAAGCUGGAGCAGUCCGAUUUAGAUCAGUGGUUUCGUUUUCUAUCAAGAAACGGCGUUGAGGAACUUGACAUCUCUCUUGGGGGCACUGAAUAUAAGCUGCCACUUUGUAUAGUCUCGUGCCCGACAGUCAAGCAGCUGGUACUCUGCAGUGUGCGUUUUGAUUUGCCACUAAAUGCUCCUUGUAUUUUUCCCUGUGUCACUUCAUUAAUUUUCGCGAGACUUCGCUUUAAUCAUAAUGUUAAUGGAAUUGUGUAUAGUAUUCCUAAUCUUGAGAAGCUUGAAUUAAUUGAUUGUGGAGGGAACGAUAAUUUUAAGAUUAGUGCUCCAAAACUUGAAAGCUUGUCUAUUACUGGUUUUACAUGUGAGGUUGAAUCGGGCUGGGUUGCAGUUCAUUUGAAAGCAAUUAAGGUUCUUUGCUUGGCGGGCAGCCUGUUGUUGGAUUGGGGAGAUGCUGUAGCCUCCUUCCCAACUGCAAUAAAUCUGCAAGUAAUCAGACUGCGUUCUUUAGAUUUUGACAUUGAAAAGCAGCUCAAGGGUGUUGUGCUUUUGCUUCAAAAAUCACCCAACCUAUGUGAACUGGACAUUAUAGGAGAAUGUUCAUAUGAUGACAUGCAAAAUGAUGACAUGGAAAAUGAUCACAUAGAAGCUGCUUCAAGCCUUUUGAAGGAUCCAGAGAGUUGCGUUAUUAAUCAGGAUCUAAAAAUACUUAAAACAAUCGAGAUUGGUCAUUUUCGUGGGUCCACACUUGAAAUGCUUCUUGUGAAAAUGCUGCUCUCAAAAUCCCCUACACUAGAAAGAGUUGUUAUUACGGAAUCUCAUUAUAUAAAAGAUGGUUGCACGGUGAUCAAGCUCCUAAGGGAGUUGUUGUGCUUCCCUCGUGCAUCUCCAAAAGCACAAAUUGUCAUCAAGGGCAAAGACUAUGCUUAAGGACUGGUUGGUUAAACCGUGCUUCAGUUUGUAUGCAACUUAGUAGUGUAAGCAAUGGUGAUGGUGGAAAUUGAAAUGUUUUGUUAGAUAAGGAUGACACUUUAGAUUGUUUCAGUUUGUAUGUAACUUAAAAGCGUAAGCAAUGGUGAUGGUGGAACUUGAAAUGUUUUGUUAGAUAAGGAUGGCACCUUAGAUUCUUUUCUAAGGUGUUCAGUAGACUCCAUGAAUAUCUUCUUCUUCUUCUUUAAAUUUUUGCUUAUGUUAAUUGCACUGAAUUUUACUUCAGAUGA